ACUACUGUCGUCGUCGGUCGGCGCGGUGGAAAGCACAGACGCGCGAUUCCGUUCAGUUUUUCCUCGUCAGCCAAUGGUUUCGCAUCGCUUUUUGUUCUAAGCGGAUGUCGGUCUAUUAGUAUUCAACAGGAAGAACGGUCACAUGUGUGAGAAAUUGGUGGGUUAACAGGUGUUUCGACGGGAUAGUCGCGACUGAUCAAACGAAACGUGAGAGUGAAAGAGGCGUGAAGCAAUCAGAUGCAUAAGGUGAAGUUCAAGUGCAAGUUCGACACGUGUGUUUGGGAUUUCAAAUGGAUAAAACAGCUGAGAAUCAACAAAAAGUUGUGUGAAUGAAAAUAACUGGCUGUUUAUUGUGUUUUACUUGUAUGCCAUCAACGAAGGCUUGUGGGGCAGUUGGAAAUGGAUUUCUCAUUUAUUUGUUGAUGUUCGGAGCGUGGAAAAUUCUGUGAUGGACUUGAAGAACUACCUUCGUCGCUGAUUGAUGCAAAUAAUGAACCUGUCGUUGAACGCGUCACAUCGGAAGAAAACGAAACUGUCAUUUAUUAGGUACUACUGCAUAAGAAGGCAGAUUCCGAGUAACAGAAACUUGAUACUCAAACGGUAGUGCAACAACUUCACAACGACCCAUUCAGCCAUCCAUCUCGAGGAGAAAUCCGCGAAUUAUGAUAAUGAGACGCGUUUGAAUGUCGCAUGCCGGAUUCGCAGAGAACCAAGUGCCAAUGAAUUGGCGGAAUGGUUACAACAACGAUUGUCACCCUUCUUGUUGAACGAGAGACAGAAGAAGAUACACGCGUGCCGUGGCGGGUGUUGAAUUUUAAAUCCUCGCUCGUCGGUGUCCGUCCGCGGGGAGACCUCUAGAAGGCUUCUCGUUCUCAUUAUGUGCAUGUGUCAAUACAAACCGUGAUCGACUCGAGUUCGAUUACCCUCGGACUCCAGCAAGCCAGCCCACCAACGCCAGUGCAGUGUGCUGUAUGCCAAUGCGCGCCCUCUGCGACCUACGUGCAGUCGCUUCGAUGCUGAUAUGCAUCAUUAGUUAUGCAGAAAAUUAUGAUUAGCACGACUCGAUGAAAAAACACAAAGUUAGGCGCUCUCCAACUUCGUCGUCGUUGCGCUGCGCACCAAAGUGUCGUUGGUUGAAUGAAUAAUUAUUGUCUUAUUAGACUGCAUCGACCGUUUGAUCGCGUUUGUGCAUAGGCUUCGAUUGAAAAAAAAAGUCGUGGUUUCAGCAACAGUGUCUUGUGCCUCGGAGAGGAAACCCGUAAUUAAGACCCCGCCGCUUGUUUGUUGCCCUCAAAGCGAACCUCGAAGAGAAGUCGAAUUACGUGAUUGUAAGUUCCAAGCCCCCAUGUCUUUGAGGGCAUGUGCAGUGCAUAGGGCUGCAUGCUACUAGUCUGGUGGUCGGUAAUCGUGAUUCUAUGCAUACGGUGUGAGUGGAUCACUGUGUUAUGUUUGCUUGACGUUCCUAUCUAGCAGGUAAAGUGCAUUGGAUGCUGCUGUUGCAUUGUGCAGUUGAGAUAAACGAACAGCAGCAUCAAACCAUUCGUCAGAAGAAAAUCAUCUGUUGUUCCGUUGAUCGGCGUUUCUGAACUUGAAACUCAGUGCAGACGAGUACGAAUGAAUGAGUGGACGGUAGAAUACGGCUUGUGAUGUAUGGCUUUACAAGAUGUGACAGCUCGUGAUUGAAUCAAUUUGGUGUUUUUGUACAGUUCAUUGCCAAACUACACACCCCCUCUGGAAGCCAUACAGUCAGCCUAAAUACCCAUACGGCUAGUGAAUUCAGAUGGAUUUUGUCACAUAGGAGCAGAUAGCAUCAGCUUCAUGCUGCCUAUCAUCCGCAUGAGAGAAGCUGCUGCGUCAACUCUGAUCCUCGUCGGGACAAUUUCCGAGUCGCCACCGGCAGCAGAGUAAAACAACGUGAAACAGUACAACAACAGUCAUUACAGCAACGCAGCGUCGACUCAAUUAGGCGCUCGUUGUACCAUAGCUAGAGACACACCAAAUAGAUUGCCGGAGAACCAGCACGUACACACAGACACAACACCCGUGAACAACACGACCUUGACGGAACGAAACAGGGAACGCGACCGGAUAGAACCCAUCACAACCAAACGCUCCAAAGAGAAACAUCUUCGUACAAAACCAACGCAAGAAUAUUAAAAAGUUAAAAGCCAAAAAGCAUCAUUCUUUGGCAGAUAUCAAACAACACAAGCAAACGUACCGUUUAGCCCAGCAGGACGGACGGACGGCACGUCCCAAACCCAUCUCCAAUCCAGUGAAAACAAAAAAAAAAUAAUGACAUCCUCAACAACGACGGACGCAACCGCGGCGGAAAUCGACCGGAGAGAGUUCCAAUGCCUGGAAAUGCUGAACGCAACCACCGAAUCCACCACAACCCGGUCCGGGCUCUACUGCCGGGGAACCUGGGAUGGAUGGCUCUGCUGGCCGGAUACGGAGGCGGGAAAAUCUGCCCUUCAACCCUGCCCAGCGUUCAUGGACGCGUUCGACCCCACCAGAUUUGCACACAAAGAUUGCGAUGCACACGGGGAGUGGUUCCGACAUCCGCUGACCAACAAAACCUGGUCCAACUACACAACCUGCGUCAAUUUGGAUAAUCUCGAGUGGAUGGAACAAGUGAGAACCAUAUACGAAACGGGAUACUCGAUUUCGCUGAUAGCCCUCAUCUUAUCGCUUGGUAUUUUAAGUUACUUUAGGUCACUGAAAUGCGCUCGCAUUACGCUACAUAUGAACCUGUUUGCGUCGUUCGCCUCAAACAACACGCUCUGGCUGCUGUGGUACCGGAUGGUGCUGGCAGAUCCGGAAGUACUAAAGCACAAUGGGGCACCCUGCAUCGCGCUGCAUCUGGUGCUGCACUACUUUCUCAUCACCAACUACGCGUGGAUGCUGUGCGAAGGAUUCUAUCUGCACACGGUGCUGGUGUCGGCGUUCGUGUCGGAGAAAAAACUCGUCAACUGGCUGGUGGUGCUCGGCUGGACCACACCGGGCAUCGUGAUCAUGGCGUAUGGCUUUCUGCGAGGGUACGCUGGUUCCCAGGACGACACGAUAGAGUGCUGGAUGAACGAAACCGUGUACGAUAACGUUUUCAAGGCUCCGGUAUGCAUCUCGAUGCUGCUCAAUUUGCUGUUCCUGUGCAAUAUCAUACGAGUGGUUCUGCUGAAGUUGAAAGCUCCGGCGGGACCGCAAGGUACCGGUCCAUCGAGAACGAUACUGCAAGCGUUCAGAGCCACCCUGUUGCUCGUUCCUCUUCUUGGCCUACAGUACAUACUGACUCCGUUUCGACCCGAUCCUGGACAUCCUUAUGAGCGAACGUACGAGAUUCUAUCGGCGUUUACAGCAUCAUUCCAAGGUCUCUUCGUAGCUGUCCUAUUCUGUUUCUUCAACGGAGAGGUUAUCGCACAAGUGAAACGAAAAUGGCGCACCGUAUUCCUGCGGACCCGAACCAAUUCCUACACCGCAACGCAAGUGUCCUUCAUUCGUAGCGGUCCGCCUAUGCCCGGCGAAGAGAAGGUCUGACUAAAAGAGUACGCCAGCGGCAAUAGAUCUCCACAGCCAACGAGCUUGAACCCCGCAAACGAGCGCAGUUUUUCGGGAAAUGCAACGACAUCGACGGGUUUGGAAGGCAGUAGCUACGGCAAUGGGCCGGAUUUAUCGGUCGACUCGUCGAAAGAUAGAGAAUUCUGUGAAGCGUCCAUGGGAUUCGGUGCAGUUAAGGUAAAGAUCAAUGGAACUUCCGGCCAAAUCGAAGAACGGCACGGCACAUGGCGCAGGGGUUCAAUUGAGUGUAGACACGUGAAGCUACCCCUCCUGGAUGCGCAACACAGGGAUAACGGCGGGGAACACGAGGGAGAGGCUGAACAAACUACGCAAUUAUUCGUCGAGCCGGCUCCGGCAGAUGAAGUGCUGUGAACUCAUUAAAACACAAAUGUAUCGAAUUAAUGAUAGGCGAAUUUAUUAGCACUGGUAAGGUGAAACUGAAAUCCGAAUAUGUACAAUGAUGUAGUCGUUCUAGGCGUAUUAUUAUUAAUGUCAACGGUGGAAACCACUUAUCUAGGCUUAGAUAUAAUUUCAAUGUUCGCAAACGCUUCAAUUUUUCGUAGAAAGAACACAAACACACUCCACCUCUUGAAGGAUGCAUGUGUUGAUGGUGCAAAAUAAAACAAACUUAAUUCGUG